AUGGCCAUUGAUGCUCAAAUUCUUCAGUCUGCUCUUGGGGGAACCCUUGGCCCUGUGGGUGAAGUCUGGACAACUUAUUCCAACAUUCAGAACUUCUACUUUGGCAUCGUCUUGGCAGCAGCGACAACAAACACCUUCUCCCUGAGACCUUCUCAAGCCACAUUUGGAGACAAGCUGCAGUAUGGAAAAGUGUACACACCACAGUCCUGGACGUCGCUCACGGAUUUCAACGAGACACAGCCUAUAACCAUCCCGGCCUGCUCGACACAACAUUACUGCCUGUAUUACAUAUCUCCAGUCCUCGUGAACAACCCCGAGGUUGUUCUGCUUGGUGAAGUGCCAUCUAAGGUGGUGCCAGUAUCCCCGCAACGCUUCACUCAGAUAUCUAUAGACACGGAUGUCGCCUUGACCUUGACUGGCGGUGUCAAGGAGAACGUCACUGUCUGGUACAGCGUCAGCGGAACGUCCAAAAGUCACACCUGCCAGCUGGGGACAACAGGGGAGGCAACUCUGACACUUCUUGGGGGAAUAUGUAGACCAAACUAA